AUGUCAAUUCCAUUCUCCAGCACCCACUACCGAAUUCCACAAGGAUUUGGGAAUCUUCUUGAAGGGCUCACACGUGAGAUUCUGAGGGAGCAACCGGACAAUAUACCAGCUUUUGCAGCAGCAUAUUUUGAGAAUCUUCUAGAGAACAGAGAGAAAACCAACUUUGAUCCAGCAGAAUGGGGGACCAAGGUAGAUGACCGCUUCUAUAACAACCAUGCAUUCAAGGAGCAAGAACCACUGGAGAAAAGUGAGCCUGGAAAAGAAAAGUCUCAGGCAUCUAUGAGAGAGGCGACAGCUGUAAAUGAAUCUUCUGAAAAAGACAAGGACAUGAAGGAAAAUGCUGCUCUCAAAAUCCAAGCAGCCUUCCGGGGACACUUAGCCAGAGAGAAGGUAAAGAAAAUGAAAUCGAGUGAUCUUCAAGGAAAAACAGAGGAAAACGAGUGA